CAAUGUUUGGGAGCCUUGAACAUAAAGUCUCAUAAAUCCGGCCUUGGGCUGAUGAUGGCUAGGCCUUAUCUACCCCGGCCCGUUUGCAAUCCGUAUCCUAGCUGAUGCACUUCUAACCGGGCCGCGCUCUUGUUCUUGCCCAUCUUCCCUGCGGCAUUCCCUCCAUUCCGGCCAUAGCUCCUCUCCGCCGCUGCCCGGGCCUUGUGGCUCUCUCCUCGUGCCGCCGUGGCUCCCACGGAGAAACCCUAACCACCGUGGCCGGCAGCCGGAAACCUAUCUCCUCCACCCGAAUACAAUGGAGACGGACCCAUCUGCGCCACCGCUCCCGGCGGACGGCGAACCCAGCGCCAGUCUCGUGAAGACAGUCUCCUCCAUCCUCCUCUCCUCGCAGGUGCCCUCCGCCCCUCCCCUGGACCAAUCCCUCGCCUCCUUCCUCCCCCGCCUCUCCCCACCCUUUAUCGCUCCCAUCAUAUCCGCCGCCGCUGCCGCCCCCUCCUUCUCCAGCCCUGCCCUUCUCCUCUCCUUCUACAACCUCUGCCGCCGCCGCUUCCCGGCCCUCUCAAGCAACCCCGCAGCCGCCCUUCCCUCCCUCCUCGCCCUCCUUCGUCCCCUCCUCAGCUUCCGUAAGUUCGCCGACGCCCAGUCCCUCCUCCUCUCCUUCAUCCCCCUCGACCGCCCUCGUCUCCUCCACCACCACCUCCUCCGCCCCAACCACCCCCCGUCGAAGGCCCUCCUCGACACUGCAGUUUCCUCCUACGCCCGCCUCCGCCAGCCCCACCUCGCCGAGCAGCUCUUCCAGUCCAUGAAGCGCCGCCGCCUCCGCCCCUCCCUCGGCACCGCGAAUAUCCUUCUUGACGCCCUCAUCCGCUCCCCCUCACCCGCCUCCGUCCCCCUCGCCGUCUUCCACGACCUUGUCGACCUCGGCGUCGCCCCCAACACCACCACCUUCAACAUCCUCGUCCACGGCUUCUGCUCCCGAGCCCAGUUCGUCGACGCCCUCGCCCUCCUCUCCACCAUGGAAGGCUUCGGCUGUUCCCCCGACACCAUCACCUACAACACCAUCCUCGACGGCUACUGCAAGAAGGGCAUGCUCAAGGAGGCCCGUGACCUGCUUGCUGAAAUGAAGGCGAGGGGACUGUCCCCCGACCGCUCCACCUACAACACCCUCAUCGCAGCCUACUGCCGCCUCGGCUGGCUGAAGGAGGCAACCAAGGCGAUCGAGAUCAUGACGGCGUCCAACUUCCUUCCCGACCUCUGGACCUACAACAUGCUUGUUGCUGGGCUCUGCCGGGAGGGCCGGAUGGACGAGGCAUUCCGGUUGAAGGACGAGAUGGAGAAACUCCGAGUGCUGCCCGAUAUCGUCACCUAUAACACGCUUAUCAAUGGGUGCUUUGAGUGGCGGACUGGCUCGGAGGCGUCCCAGGUAUUGGAAGAGAUGCGGGACAAGGGCGUCAAGCCGAGCUUGGUCACACACAAUACUAUGGUCAAAGGGUUGUGCAAGGAAGGGAAGAUGGAUGAGGCUGUUGAUUCUCUGAGGAAGAUGGAGGAGGAGGGCUUGUCGCCAGACCUCAUAACCUACAAUACUUUGAUCAGUGCAUACUGUAGAGCAGGGAAUGUGGCCAAAGCCUUCGACUUGAUGGAUGAGAUGGUGGGAAGAGGUUUCAAGAUGGACAAUUUUACUCUCAACACUGUCAUUCAUAACCUCUGUAAGGAGAAGAGGUUUGAUGAAGCAUGCAAACUGCUCUGUAGCCCCCCAAAGCGUGGUAUUGUGCCUGAUGAGGUCAGCUAUGGCACAGUCAUUGCUGCAUACUUCAAGGAUGAGAACCCGAAUGACGCAAUGAAGCUUUGGGAUGAGAUGAAUGAGAGAAAGAUAAUGCCAAAUGUAGCAACCUACAAUUCGGUGAUUGGUGGUCUCUGCAGGUUGGGCAAGAUUGAGGAGGCAAUUAAGAAAUUGAACGAGCUUUUGGAGAGAGGGCUGGUGCCAGAUGAGACUACCUACAAUACUAUUAUUCAUGGGUACUGUAGAGAAGGGGAAUUGGAGAAGGCAUUCCAGUUUCAUAAUAAGAUGGUGGAGAAUUCAUUCAAACCAAAUGUUAUUACCUGUAAUAUUCUUAUGAAUGGGCUCUGUAAUGCUGGUAAGGUAGAAAAGGCUCUAAAACUCUUCGAAUCAUGGGUGUCGAAAGGGAAGAAGGUCGACAUUAUCACGUACAACACUCUGAUAAAGGGGCUGUGCAAAGAAGGGAAGAUUGAUGCUGCAUUAGAGCUUUUUGCUGACAUGGAAGAGAAGGGUUUGCGUCCUGAUGCUCAUAGCUACAAUGUUGUUCUAUGUGCACUUACCGAAGUGGGAAGAUCAGAAGAAGCACAAGGGCUGCUGUCUAAGAUGGUUGAAACUGGGAAAUUGCCAGAACAAUUCACAUUCCCUUUGUCUGAAGAAGCCUUUUCUGAAGCUGGAAUAGAUAGGAAACCAGAGAGGAUGCAUGAUGGAAAGACAGCUGAAGAUAUGAAAGACAGUUCAGCAACUUAUUCGGAAUGCAUUAGUGAUCUGUGCAACCGUGGCCAAUUCAAAGAGGCUAAGCUUGUUUUGGAAGAAAUGAUGCAGAGAGGUAUAACUGUUAAGAGUUCUACAUAUGUUACUUUGAUGGAUGGAUUUAUCAAGAGGCAAAAGAGAAUGACAAAAGGAGCAGGAUAAAAUACCUGCGUCAAGGCUCCAUGCUUGUGUAAUGCCAGUCAGUGCAAUGAACAGCAUCUGAAGAAUAAGAACAUUAACUCGGUAAAACUGUUGCCAGAAGCUCAAAGUGGUUGGACGAAUUUGAUUUGGCCAACAUGUUGAGGUUAGAGAUUCGAAUGCGGUAGCUGUUUGAGUCAAUCUUUCUUUGUUCUUCUGCAAAUUUUCUGAUAAUUUUCCAUUCUUCUCCAGACUAGAUGAAGGUUCAAAUUGGUUGACAACUUGACAUAGAGCUGGAUGAUAUGAUGAGGUCGGAUAAAUCUCAGAAGUCUUAUGCUAUUAUGAGAUGCAUAUUCGAUGUAUAGUUCAACAUUCCAGCCAUCAAUGAUGUUGUUGUACCACAAGACUGAAGAGUCAGGAUUGAGAUCCUUGUGUAAUCAUAUUUAUUUGAGGCAUUGAUUGAAUAGCCAAAAGUUUUGCUUAUCCAAUCAUUAUAGCUUAGAAGAUUAUUUCUGGAUGCACCAGUAGCUUGGUGGAAGGCUUUGACAAGAUGCAUCAAAGGUCUUGGAUGAUAAGAAAUGGUAACAGUCCUCUCCAGUCUUGCACACCAUCUAGAAUAAUUGAAGAUCAGCAACAUGGUUUAUCAUAUGGCAACUUGCUCAACCUCUUGGCAACAAAUUCUUAAAUCUUAAAAAAGUGUAUACGUUAGCAUCCUUGAUUUGAAACUUGUAACCAACUUUUAGAUUUUUCUUCUUCUUCUUUUUUUUUGACAUAUCUCUGUUCUUGUAGUUCUUUUCUGCUUGUUUCCAUAUUAUUGCUAUUGCUUGUUACAAUCCGCCUAGAUGAGAUGGCAACAUUAGCUUGGGAAAAUUUAAAAGCUUAUGACUGAUAUCUAAAACAGGCUUUAUGUUGUAUCGAGAAAAUAUGACUUGGCAAAUCCAAUUUGUCCAUACAAAGUUGUUUUUCUCAAUCAGUUGAUAAUUUUGCCUUAGGCAGAUUGUUACUUUUCUUGAUUCUGUUCAUUGUAAGAUAAUUUUGACCUGUACGUUGUGUGUCAUGUGAAAUCGAAAGCUGAAGGAUCAAAUAACAUGGUGGUACCUAACAUGGCCAACCUAAACUAUCACACUGUUUGCAUUUGCAAUGGUGGAACCUUGAUUGCAAGGUUUAUGAGAUCUUUAUGACAAUAUCUCUAACGAAUUG